AUGGCCUGCACACCCGGAGGAUCCAGGAUCACCGCACCUAAUAACUGCGACGACGACGACGACAACAACAGCAACAAUAACAACAACGCCUAUCGCAUCAUGGAUACCGGCGAGGCUCCACAGUUUGAUUCGAUCGAGCAAAUCAGAGGAUCACCCAGUUCCUCCGACGCAACUCUUUCACCGGCGUCUCCUUCCAGGAAACGACGAAACAGCAACCCAUCACCCGCCAAGAACCCCAAGAGGACGAUCGCCAACCAACCGUCAUCUCGGAAAUCAUCAACCUCCCCAGAAGAUCUAUUGAAGAUGCGCCUAGACGACGGAAACCCCUUUGAAGUACGGCCACAUUUUAACAACAACAUGCAGGACAGGUCUGGAUCUACCAGUUCUCGACCACGGGAACGCUUACAACGAGCAAACGUUAUAUACAGAAGCCAACAGGAUCAGCCAUAUUCUCGUAGAAACCAGCCCUCAACGCCGCCCACUUUGCGUCACCGAGGCAGGUCCCUGGGACCAGAGUCACCAGGAGUUUCACCAACUCAAAUUGAUGUGCGCGGCUGGCCCCUCCGUGCCGACUCUGAUACACUCCGUAGGGUCGAGGAAGAGAUCGCGCAGGGUGAUUGCACGCCUACGAGACGAUUUAGCCCUGAAGGGUCAUCAAUAAGGCUGGUACGGACUGAUGGCGGGCUUUUCACAACACUCGCUCAAGAGUCGGAUUCUCAGGCAACCCAAACACCCCAAAAUACACUUCGUCACUUUGAUCCGGAAAUUAUUCCAUCAAGCGUCGGUCGAGCUGACGUAGAAAUGGAUCAGGGACGUGGAUCAUUACUGGAUGAUGCCAAAACGCCUACACGGGUCAGCGGGAGAAGACUCUCGAUAUCGUCCUCGAGCACAUUGAGUCUCCACAACGACUCUCCCAUCUCGAUCCACACGGUCUCCCGUCGCCACAGCGUUGCAGGGAUCGAAUCCCCGACUUUCAAGACACCAACAAGAUCUAGGCGGAAAUCGUCGUUUGGAAGAGUGCUUAGGGAUGAUGGGUCGUUGAGCUCGGGACGGAUCAACUCACUUCCCGAGAGUUCGCCCAUGGGUAUCGAUUGGUCGCAGUCGCUUGAGACCCCAGCCAAGAGACGCCAAUCUCAGGGAACUGCGAAGACUCCCAUCACGAAUGUGAUUCAGAGACUUCGAGGCCUGCCAACAACACCCAAGGGCGAGGAGCAGUCACCAGUGGGAGAGUUUACGGACUGGAACCCUUCUCUCGAAACACCACCCAGAAAAGUGUCACUGACUGAGAAGUACGACAUGUCAGAGUCACGGAUCAGCGCAAAAGUCCUGGACGAACUUCGAGGAGUUCCUAGCAGCUCACGGGCGCCAGCACCACACCAGCCUGUAGAAAAGCAGAAUAUACUGUCAUCGCAGGAAGAGGAUGGCUCGUUCUAUUCUGCUACGUCCUCAAUCUUGUCAGACGACGACGACGAUUACCAGCAUGCUUCAGGAACUAGAGCCGCUGCUAUUAGAGAUAACGCGGACCAGGGGCAGGCGCAAGGUAGCGGUGUCAGUACCAACACGAACGACAACUAUCCUGCGGAAUCCAAGAUGAGCCCAGUGUUAUCCUCAUUCAACCAUGCCUAUCCAGCAGCUGGCCUUGCACCCAUCUCCGGUGACGCCACGGGGACAUUACUUGCCCUGACUUCUCAGGAGUUCGUGGAAGGAUCGCCAAUAGUCGACAGCCCUUUGGAAAGCCAAGUCUUCUCAGAGAGCCAAGAGGACAUGUUUGAAGGUGUCACGAGUGCGGAGAUCAACCAUGCGCUCAUGGCCCGUUCGACACAAGGGAGCCAUCACCUUACACAACCGGAGGAGAGUCAUGGCGAUCAGGCCGGAACUCUCUUUACAACAUCAGCUGAUCCGUGUGCCUUGCCACGCAGGACUUCUUACUCCAUCAACGCAAACCUGACCAGCUUCGUAGGAUUUCGAUCGGCCUCUGGGAGGUCUACUUUUCAGGUGUCAGUGGAGCGUCUGAGCGCUGCUCGCCGGUUAUUUGAGAGUGACCCCAAGGAGGCCACUGGCGAGAACGGUCGAGCUGGGAGUGACGCGGCGGUCCAAGCGCUCGCCUCGAACAUGCUGAAUGUUGCAGGCACCUGUGGACAAGCAGGGAUUGAUGCGGAGGAGAAUCUGCAGGAAGCUAGAUUAAGGGGACGACGUGGCCACAUGGACACCGGAGAAGCACAAAACGACGAGAGUCGCCAGGAGUCACCAGAGGUGGAGUCUGAGGAUGAUUUCGGCAACAUUCGAUUCAGUCAGCUUGAUGACGGCUUCAAUGUUGUCCCUGAGGCUACCCAAAAGCCCAGGAAGCGGCCUAGUAUUUCUAUCACAAACAUGAAGACCCCGCGCCUUGCUGAUGAUCUCGACUGGGUGGCUAUGAGCUCCGAUAUGCUGGGAAAUUUGUUCGAAACGGACAACCAUGCAGCCCCAAGUCACCAGGAAGUCCGUCCCCAUGUUGCUCUCCCCGUCCUGGGUGGAGGAUUUUCGUCGGCAAGCGGCAAGAGACUUGAUACCAUUUCGUCCGCUGCUCUUGCAAGAGCAAGUGGCAUGUUCGCCGACGACGAGAAUGGCAUGGGCCUGAAGGAUUUAGCGCCAGAGGGCGUGGUCCCGGAACAACGGUCCGCACACAUCGGAGGUUCCGGUGGGUUUGGUGGUUUCUCAUCGGCCGGCAAAACACCGCUUCCUCAGAUCUCAGCUGCAACCAAGGAGAGGGCGAUGCGGAUGAUGCAGGAUUCCGACAUGGAUAUCGAUGACGGCAACUUCCAGGAACAUACUCGUCCCGCUGCGGCUCCAUUCGGCAGUGUACCACCUGCUGCUAAACAGGCCGGGUUCAUACCACCUCAUGUCGGGUCGGGCGGGUUCUCGUCGGGGAGUGGCAGGAAACUUGCUCCGGUCUCCAAGGCAGUCAUGGAUAGGUGGUCGAAGGAGUUCUUUGAGAUCGAUGGUGAUGCUGUUGGGCGGCGAGUGAGUUCGGUGUCGACUACUAAGCCGACAACAGAGAUGCUGGGGGGAUUUUCUUCUGGUGGUGGGAAGAAACUCGCACCGAUCUCCAAGGCAGCUGUGGAUAAGUGGUCCAAAGAGCUUGCUAAGGACGUGAAUAACGACGCUGAUAGUCUGGAGAGUUCGGUCCCGACUGCUACACCAUCCAGCGGAACAAUGGGAGGAUUUUCAUCUGGCGGUGGCAAGAAACUUCCACCAGUUUCAAAGUCAGCCAUGGACAAGUGGUCCAAGGAGCUUACCAAGGAGGGGGACGUUACCGGAUCUCCCAGAGCAUUAGAGCCAGGACAACCACAGCCUUCAACAGCGCAGCCGCUCGAAGUGGGCUUUGCUUCGGGAACUGGAAAGGUAUUGGCGCCAAUCUCGAAGGCGGCACAAGCACGCGCCUACAGCUUCUUGGAACUCGAACAGCCAACCGCUCUCAAGGUAACCAGUUCUGUCAACACGUCUACUGCCCACAGCAGACUUUCUCUGCCAGCAUCAGCGUCGCCGUCAGGAUCAGGAUCCUCAAGUUCAAGUUCGUCCCCUCGACCUCAGCACGUCCCUUCCCAGCCUCCUAUCUCGACCCAUAUGCAGAACUUGAAGAUGAAAACGCUGCGAGGGUCGUCCAAAGGUCCGCUCUCACUCCCUGGCCACCUGAAGCCUGUGUUAAAGUCUGGAGUUACGCCUUUCAAGUCUCCUGUACAGUUCAGAUCACCGCUAAGAACACCUCUCCAGCCAUCGAUUUCCAAUUCUGCGAAUGCUGCAGCCUCCGCCCAUAAGGGCAGCCCAGCCCAAGGAGUAAGAACCAAUCUCAGGGACACUCUUGGUACUCCAAAGUGGUUGACGACCCAGGAGUUAGUUGACCGCGGAUUGCCCGAGGGAGCGCUGCUCAUGACCUUCGAACAGGCUCGGCACUAUCGCUUUGACGGAUGGGGUGUGGAUGAAGCUUAUGAGGAGCUGUUAUCGCUAGGGGCCAAGGCAGAUCUCCUUUCUCGAGUAUGGCUUUUGAACCAUUAUAGACAAGUGGUGUGGAAGCUAGCGUGCUAUGUUCGCACAUGGCCAGAGUAUUUUAUUCCCUCCACACCUGAGCCUUCUACAUGGUUCUGUCCCGCCAAGGUCUUGAAUCAACUGGCUUACCGAUACGAGCGGGAGGUGAACAGGGCUGAGCGUCCUGCAUUGCGCAAGAUUGUGGAGGGAGAUGAGUCUGCCGCAAAGCAUAUCGUGCUUGUUAUUGCAGGUGUGUCCAAGGCGGAGCAGCCCUCGGAUAAGGAAGACAGCACGGCGCAGAAGAACCCAUGGAAGGUUCUCGUUUCAGAUGGGUGGUAUACCAUCCCAGCAGUACUCGAUCCUUGCCUGAUCAGAGCGGUCGAGGGAGGCAAGCUGAAGGUUGGAAGCAAGGUGCACGUGUGUCGGGCAAGGUUGAGUGGCGCCGAAAGCGGGGUUGCUAUUCUAGAACUGGCAGGCGCAGGAUCGGAAUCGACAUCGGUAUCAAUCGUUCUUCAGGCCAACAGCACCCGGCUCGCCAAAUGGGAUACCAAGCUGGGAUUCCAGAGUGCUCCGUUGAUCUGGACAAAACGACUGAGAUCCAUUGUACCGGACGGUGGCCUUGUCCCUGGACUGGAUGUGAUUGUGCUGAGGAAGUAUCCGGUUCUGUACCUCGAGACAUUGGAGGAUGGUGUCACUAAGAUCAAGCGCACGUUGGCGGAGGAGACUAGAGCGGUGGAGGCGCACCGAGACAAGAUCCAACAACGCUAUCAGGAUAUGAUCCGCGAGGUUGAGAAGGAAUUUGCGUCAGAGAUGGAUCCAGAGGGCAGGCCAUCACUCCGAGUUCAAGAGGAAAUUAUGACGAGAGCGCAAGAUAUGCAGACUGAAUCUGCGGCUCGGAACGUGAUCCCGCUCUUUAGCAUUCGUGUCGGCAACUAUCGACACGGUGGUAAUUGUGACGAUGAUGAUAUGGAUGAGAAUGGGCGCAUCCAGGAGGCACUGAUUACGUUCUGGCACGACGAACAUUCUCAUUACCAAGAAGGAAAUCGCGUUCGGAUGACUGCUCUGAUGUCCAAGAAACUGAGCCGCGAGUAUGGAUUCGAGGAUAUGAUCCAACUGGCUGGAACUAGGAUGACUACCGUGCAAGAGAUGCCUACAGAGCCAGAGACCAUGCUCUUGACCAGCUACCGACCACGGACCGUCGCCCCUUGCGCUGAGGUUGGAAGCUUGACCCCUGGCGCCGAAGUGGACCUAGUACUCGUCAUUUUAGCGGUGGAUGAGAGUACGAUUCAUUCCAGCAAGGCGUACUUUAUUGCGACUGACGCGACACGACGACUGUUGCUUGUGGAACAUCAACUCUCUUCGUUACUUACUGGAGACGGCAAUCGUCCAUUACUGUCAUUCCUCAAAGUCCAGAACAGGAUUUUGAUGGCCAAUUGCCGGUUCAGGAUGCGGGAUCACAAACUGGAUCUGGAUAUUGUGUCAUCUACGCUGAGUUACACCCAGGUCACGACUGCACCGUCGCUCAUCAACGGCGGUGGUGUCAGUGGUGGUGCUGGAUGGCCGAGCUAUGCUCUGGGUUCGUUGCAGAGAUUGAAUGCGAUGGUUAAUGAGACGGAGAAGGAUCUGCAAGGAGAUGAUAGUGAAAGGGGAGGGGCUUUCUCGGAACUGACGGAUCGUGCCCACGCCAUCCUGAGAGAGCUGCACCCUUCGUUGUAA